UGAUAAUAGCGGAAAGAUCAUUUUAUCACAAACCGUCGCAGUGAUGUAUCGCCAGCGCAUAGUUUUUAUAACCUUCAUUCUACUGACGAUUAGUCAAUUUAAGAAUGCAGCUGAAGGCACUGCACAACAUUUGCCAACGAGUUGUGCUGAAGCAGUUCAUUUUUCUGGCCGCACACCCUCCAGCGGCAUAUAUCAGUUACGUGCUCAGUUGCCUGAUCGGGGUUAAACAACAUUCUACGCUUAUUGUCUACUCGAUCCAGCAGGUGGGGAAGCCUGGACAGUUAUACAGAGGCGACAGGAUGAUAGUGUACACUUUAAUCGUGGCUGGAGUGAUUACAAAAACGGCUUUGGAAACUUGAAUACAAAUUUCUUCAUUGGUCUUGAUAAGUUGCACGCACUAACCGACUUGCAACUGCAUGAAUUAUGGAUUGAAUUAAAAGAUUUCGACGAUGUCGUCAAGGUACGAGAGCUUCGCUAUCGGCGGCGAGGAAUUGAAAUACGCACUAACAGUCUUGGGUGUUUACUCAGGCACAGCUGGUGAUUCAUUGAAUAGUUUGCACGGCGGUUGUAAGUUCAGUACGCACGAUCAGGACAAUAGUGAGAGAGGUACAAAUUGUGCGGAAGUGUACAAGGGUGGCUGGUGGUUUGGCAAGGAAUUGUGUCUUAAAAGCUUUUUAAACGGGGCCUAUACGGAUAAGUCUUCCACAGAUUAUGGCCAAGGUCUGAUAUGGACAUCUUGGCAUGGUUAAAGUAUGUACAUAUGGCUAUAAGGCCAAAAUAUAAUUCG